CGAUGCUGUCGUGCAGCGUCGUUGACGAGGCAGAGGUAGAGUACGAGGUCGUCGAAGAGGGUUCCAACCGGAAGCGACAGAAGCUGGUGUCAUCGGGUGGGUUUUCGUACUGUGUCAAGAGAGAGAGACCGAUUCCAGCAGGCAGUAGAGAUGCAGCAUCAGGCGAAAAGACAUGUCUUGCUAUGCGUCGGUUAAUCAGCGGGGUGAGGUUUUUUCAAGGGGCGCUAAGGAGCACUGUCACCCGGCUGACCCACUCAUAAGGAAGCGGGUCUUACUAACCAGAGAUGUCGACACGGACUACCUGCUGGAGUCUUUUUUCAUCGGUGAUGUGAGGGUCGGCGACGAACGUCAUCUGAUGUUCUCCACCCCUAGUCAACUGAAGUUUCUGGGACAGGCGCGACGAUGGUACCUUGACGGCACCUUCAGGGAAGUCAACAGACCAUUAACACAACUUUGGUCCGUGCACGCCUUCCUGCAGCAAGGGGAGUCGGUGAAGCAGGUUCCACUGCUAUACGUGCUAAUGUCGAAGCGCAGGAAGCAGCAUUAUGUAGCUGUAAGUCUAUGGCAGGCCCUCCGCUCCGUUUUUCCGGGUACCCAGCUAAAGGGAUGUGCAUUUCAUUGGUGCCAGUCCGUUCUGCGCCACGUCCAACACCUGGGGCUAAAGGCAACUUAUGAGCGGAGAGAGGGAGCCCUCCAGCUCAUCAGGAAGCUGUUGGCGCUUCCAUUCCUUCCAGGACUGUCCUACAACACAUAG